GGAGGCAGGUUUGAGCAUGGCAGAAGGGGACACCUUGGUAUCAGUGGAUUACACAAUUUUGGGGAAGGUGCAAGGGGUGUUUUUCCACAAGUACACUCAGAGUGAGGGUAACUCAGAGUUAGGAUUGGUAGGCUGGGUCCAGAACACUGACCAGGGCACAGUACAAGGAAAAUUGCAAGGUCCCAUCUCCAAGGUGCGUUACAUGCAGGAAUGGCUUGAGACAAAAGGAAGUCCCAAAUCACAAAUUGACAGAGCAAAUUUCAGCAAUGAGAAAGUCAUCUUGAAGCUGGAUUACUCAGAGUUCCAAAUUGUGAAAUAA